GAGGGGAUGCCGGGGACUCGUGAGGAGGCUGACUGUGGAGGGAAGAUGCGAACCAAGGCAGGGAGGUCUAAUUGGGGAAUGAUGCGGACCAGAGUGGAGAGUCCGAUUGAGGGUAACGGGAACAGGGUGGGAAGUCCCGGUUGUAGGGAUGAUGGAGACCUGGGUUGGUGUCCCUGGGGUUGUUGGGACAGAGAGAGGAGCCUGGUCUGAGCGGGUGAUGAGGACGAGGGUAGGAAAUCUGGUUGUGGGGUGAUGCGGAGCAGGACGGGAUACUGAGGGUGGGAGGGCGCCCCGGCAUGUACUAUCCCACCCCAAGCCCCAGCGCUAGGCACAUUCCCUGGCCCUGAGCGCGCCGCCCGGAAUAGCAGUCCAGUCACCCCCGCGCACCGCCCCGCAGCUGGACUUCCCAAGGUCACUGGCACCCAGGAUACGAAGACCAACGCCGGGCCGCUGCGCUGUCAGGCGCAGUGGAUCAGCCCCCUGCCGCAGCUCCUGGCCCAACGCGUGCACUCUCUCCCGCCGCAUGAGGGCGCCCCUAGCCUGCGCCCUUAGUGACCCCAGCCUGGGCGCGCCUGGGAGGCCCGGGUGGGAGGGAUCGACGAAGUUCGCAGUCCCGCACUUUGGGGCCCCGCCGCUUCCGCCAGUCCCUGGGGCGACCCAGGGAAGCUUGGACGCAUUGCCUUGGGCUCUGAGCAACUGGGUCUCGGAGACUCACGGACCGAGUUCCGCGAGUUUUCACUGCACAGAUGAGGAACCUGAGGCCUGGAAAAACGGAAUGGUCGGUUCCUGGCCACCCAGGAAGAGAACCCACGACUGGUUCCAAGCACCCAUGCCGUGUUGUGAGCAACUGGAACUCAGCUUAGCUCAAAGGGAGUCAGUGCACCUGGCAUCUUGUCGCGCUGCCCUACGCGCACAGACAAGAGGACCCAGAGAGGUUUGGCUACCAUCGAAGACCACACAGUCAGCCAGGGCUGAGAUGGCAGUUCACUCCGAUUCUGCUGAUCACUGCCUCUUGGGAACCCAGUGCUCCCUCAGACCCCGCCUCUUCCCGCCUCUUCUGUUCUUGCUGUGGAUUCUCCUGAGCUGUGAUUUGAGGGGUGCUGCUCAGGGUCCGGGAGAGUGGACGCUCUGGGGGUCUUGGAGCCGGUGUUCCAGCUCGUGUGGUCGGGGCGUCUCAGUGCGCAGACGCCACUGCGUCCGACUUCCUGAGGAGGAACUUUGCUGGGGGGACAGUCAUGAAUACCGGGUGUGCCAGCUGCCGUUUUACCCAUCCACCUUUAUGCUCACCCAGGACUGCCCCCCAGGGGCCAUACCAUUCCGAGACCUGCAGUGUUCUCUCUACAAUGGCCACCCCGUCCUGGGCACCCAGAAAACCUAUCAAUGGGUGCCCUUCCACGGGGCGCCCAAUCUGUGUGACCUCAACUGCCUGGCUGAAGGCCACGCCUUCUACCACAGCUUUGGCCGCGUGCUGGAUGGCACCCCCUGCACCCCGGGGACCCAGGGUCUCUGCGUGGCAGGCCGCUGUCUGAGCGCAGGCUGUGACGGACUACUGGGCUCCGGCACCCUCGAGGACCGCUGCGGCCUCUGUGGUGGUGCUAACGACUCUUGCCUGUUCGUGCAGCGCGUGUUCCGCGACGCCGGUGACUGCCCCAUCCCGCCUCACGGCCUGCACUUGAGGAGCAUGGUGGACAGGGGUCCCUUUAACGAGUUUGGCUCCUGGGAGCCAAGACUCUUGCUGAUUGGACAGUGCGUCCCAGUGCAUCCCACCACAGCGCACCCCUGUACAUGCCACCGCGUCCCAGAAAAUCUUGCCGCGCUACACCCCAAACUCCCGCCUGCCUCAGGUGCCUUCGCCGGCUACUGGAACGUGACUUUGAUCCCCGAGGGCGCCAGGCACAUCCGCGUAACACAGCGCAGCCACAACCACCUGGCGCUGGUGACCCGCGACGGGCACUACGUGCUCAACGGUGAUGGUGUGCUCAGCCUGCCUGGCACCUAUGAGGCCGCGGGCACCCGCGUGGUUUACACCCGCAGUGCGGGUCCGGAGGAGACUCUGCAGGCUACCGGGCCCACCUCCCAGGAGCUGUUGUUGCAGGUGCUGCUGCGGGAGCCCAACCCGGGCGUGCACUUCGAGUUCUGGCUGCCCCGAGAGCGCUAUGGCUCCUUCCAGGCUCAGGUGCACGCUCUGGGCUGGCCCCUGCGACAGCCUCAGCCUCGGGAGGUGGAGCCGCAGCCUGCAGAGACCACUGUGGUCCCCGAGGCCAUCCCUGCCCGUGUUGCAUCCCUGGCACCAGACCCCUGCGGGCCAUGCCCUGACAGCCGUGGUCGCGCACACCGGCUUCUUCACUACUGUGGCAGCGACUUUGUGUUCCAGGCCCGUGUGCUGGGCCGCCACCGCCUGGCCCAGGAGACCCGCUACGAGGUGCGGGUCCUGCUCAUCUACAAAAACCGCUCGCCUCUGCGAUCUCGAGAGUAUGUGUGGGCACCAGGCCACUGCCCAUGCCCACCACUGGCCCCACAUCGAGAAUACCUGUUGGCUACCAGGCGACACGUCAGCCCUGAUGGCACACAGGACCGGCUACUGCUGCCUCAGGCUGGCUAUGCUCGGCUUUGGAGUCCUGCGGAGGACAGCCGAGUUCGACUAGCUGCCCGGCGUUGUCCAGUGUAAACCCCCACCUCCGGCGGUCGGGGUCAGCGGGUUCCUGUUCUGGUGUCCUAUGACUCAGGAAAGUCUCCCACUUGGAAGCUCGUAUAUUUUAAUUCGGGUCUCCCUGUGCGCACAACCCUGGCUGGCCUGGAGCUCUCUAUGUAGACCAGGCUGGCCUUGAAGUCACAGAGAUCCACCUGCCUCUGUCUCCCUAGUGAAUUCUGGGAUUAAAGGUGCACUCCAUAUCUGAGAACUUUAAGGAGCUUCAAGAUCCUGGGCUACCUUUCCUUUAAACAACUUCUGUUUGUCUCUUUUCAAAUUACUAUUUAAGUUUUACAAAAACAUGGAAACAAAGAAUGCUGCCUUCCCCCUCACGUGUUGAGCUAUAGGGACUCCAAGACACUCUAGGAGUGGCAGGCACUGUGCAGACAUAAGCCCAUUCCCAUCUUUUUCUGAUCUGGCCCAACACCCAACGCAGUGCGCUCAUUAUGAGACCAACACAAGAAGUCUGGGAAGUUGGGGUGCACAGGAACCGCUGGACCUCCAUUCCUCUAUGCAAUGGGUUCAUUUGCGCCUUUGUCUAUCAUGGGUGUCUGUCCUAUAGCCACACAGCAAGCUAUCCCCAGUGGGGUGUCCUUUAAGGCUAUCCCCUCUGGGUUCUGAAUCUGUCACGUGGUCUAACCAGUUGCCUCGCCCCUCUGCCUCAGUUCUCAUCUCUGCCUGUGGACACUUAGUUCUCCAAUGAACAGCUAUUGAGCACCGACUGUAUGUGAAAGACCCGGCGGUCCAGGGAGGUGCAGUGCUGUGCCAGGAUAAGCAGGGGUCACUUUGUCUAACAGGGCUUUCUAUGGUGCCCAAGAGCUCCCCCCAAACCCCACAGUGUAGCUCCACAGGGACCUGUGGAGUCCUUGCGCCCCCUGGUGGCUGGCCGUGGAUUCCCAGGUUGGGAGAUGGUCUGCAGCAGGCUUCAGGGACUUCACUCAGCUAUAAUGGCGGCCAAUGUGACACUAGAGACCAGGACAGGGUCAUCCCUGACAGGGUUCCUGUGCUGAGCCUCAUAAACAAGGUGGAAGUUAAGAGGUGGUGGCACAUGACUUUACCCCAGCACCAGGGAGGCAGAGGCAGAUAGAUUUCUGUGAGUUCGAAGCCAGCCUGGUCUACAGAGUGAAUUACAGGACAGUCAGUGCCAUACAGAAAAACCUGGCCUUUAAAAAAACAAAAUCAAAACAAAA